AUGGCGUUUCACAAAUCAGUAGUCCCGAAGUAUUCGGGGGCGCAUCGUUUUGCAUGCUUAGCUCUUUACCGGGGGCUUCUCCGACAAUGCGCCAACUUACCAACCACUAUUCCCGAGCUCAACACCUCUAGAUCCCUCAUUAGACAAAGGUUCCGGAGGUACAAGAAACUUCAGAGUCCAUCCCAGUCUGUCAAUGCGUUGAAAGCUGGAUACGAGGCCUUCGACCUCUUACACUCGGCUGCCCACGGAAACCAGAAUGGCAUACAAAGCAUUACGGACCUCCUCGCAGAAGCGCAGUCGAUCCAACAGCGAAAGCUUACGGCGCAAAAAGCACUUGCGGAAGCAAGACCCGCUAGACCUCCGAACAAAGCAGAACGAAAGAAAGCAGAAUUCCAACGCCACCAAGAUCUUACUGCCCAUCAUCAUCCAGAUACAGAACCUAUACUCUCCCGUCCCCGUCCCUUCGUGAGAGGCAAGCGCCACAUCCCUAGGUUUGUCAGUGCGCGAGGCAUACCAUUUUUGCGCAUCAAGAAGUACCAACCAAAGAACCUCAGUGGCGUGAUUAGAACCAAACUUAACAAGCGAUGGGCUUUGGUUCUGCGUCGUCAUAGAUUACAGUCGGAAUUACUCUUUACCGAGGACGAAGACAUGUGGGAUGUAUUGACCGGUUGUCGGGAACAUGCCGAUUGGACUUCGCCGGUUGAGGAUGCUUUUUUGGCUGUUGAGAAACAGAUUCUCUCCUCAGAUCAGAAGAACCGAGCACUAGCCGAAAAAAUGUGGAAAGUCGUUCUUGCUGAGCGCGAAUUAGCAGAGAAGGAGCAAAAGGAAGCAGUGAGGGAAAACAGAAUAAGGGAAGGCAGAAAGAGGCUAAGCAGUUCACCCCCACUGUACUUUCGUCGGGUGCUGGUGUUAGAGAAGAAGAGAACAGAGAAGAAGAGAAUAGAGAAGGCGAUAGCAGAUUAUGAGGGAAAGAGAGCAGAGAGGGAGAGAAAGCAAACACAGAAGGAGAGAAAGCAAGCAGAGAGGGAAAGCAGAAUGAGGAAAAGUAGAUCACUACGGAACCUUUUUCGUCGGGUACUGGUGUGA